AUGUCCCCUCUCGACAUUUAUCAGCGCGAUAUGGACAAGUUUUUUCGAGCCGGCCGAGUCUACGCUGUGGCAGGCGCGUCGACCAACCGGGCAAAAUUCGGAUACAAGGUGACGCAGUGGUACAAGGACCGGUCUCUUCCGGUGACGCCCAUCAAUCCCAAAAAAGAGGAGAUUCUGGGUCUUCAGAGCGUCCAGAAGCUGGGCGAGGUUCCUUAUGAUGGCAAGUUGCUUCAGGAUUUCGGCUCUUCUGCCGGAGCCGGCGUUUCUGUGUCGGUUAUCACUCCUCCAGCGGUGUCUGCCGAGCUGGUCAAGGAGGCUGCUGGGUACCAUGGCAACGUCAAGGCUCUGUGGUUCCAGCCGGGUUCUUACACUCGGGAGAUUGUGCAGCAGGCGCGGGAUGCUGGCAUUGAGACUGUUAUUGCCGACGACGAGUGCAUUCUUGUGUCCGGCGAUCAUCUCAUGAGGGAGGCAAAGUUGUGA